GCCGGUGUUUUUGCCUUAGUGGACUAGAUUUUCUUGCUCCUUGCAGACCAGGGCGUAUGAUGGCGGACUCUGGUCAAGCAACCAUUCUAUCAAACCAAAGUGUGCUUAUGUCAUCCACAGAUAUGCCUACUGCCGCUAUAGAUAAAGCCACUGGGGACAACAGCAGCAGCAGCAUCAUGCCACAGGCGCCCUUCGUGAAUGCCACCCAGCUGAAUGGCACGUUUAACCACAUUAGCCCGGGGGCACUGCUGCGGGGCUCAAUCGUCUUCGGCUUCCUCUGCAUCAUGGUUGUCGUGUACAUCACUUUCAGAGCGUGCAGGCUGCGUCGCAACCGCAAGUCGGCGCGCUACAACGUACUGUCGACGCGCGACGAGUCGGCGCCCCUGCACAGCGACGACGACGACGAGGAGACGGUGUUCGACGCCGCCGGGUCGCGGCGGUAGUGCCGCCGCUGGGGCGCAGCGACAGCGUCCGAGCCAGCCCGCCGCUGAACCGCGCGCUCGGCGACCGCCGGAGUUAGCGAGCGGGGGAGGGUGGAGGGAGGGGAAGUUCGGAGCAUUACGUCGGUGUCGAUUGGCUUUGGCCCUGUCGAGCCACUGACGGAGGCAUUUGUGGGCGGUGCAUGUGUCAGUAUGAAAUGGUGGAGUUGUUGAUGCAUGCGGCUGAGCUUGCCCCGUUCCCGCUUCUCGUUCUGAGUGGUGGGUUGAGAGUGACCGCAAAGCUAUUUCAAGCUGAUCAGAGCAGAGCAUAUGUGGUGUUAUCUGUUGGGCAGUAACGCUGAUUUUGUACUCCUGUGGCUGCUAGAAAUCAACAAGUUAGUGAUGUCCUUAACGCUUGGUGUGCUGACAAUGGAAGAAAAGGGGGGUUGAUUUUGAGCUUCUACGUCUAGUCAUCAAAACCAGUCCCGACAGGUGUUCCUUGGCUAGAUUGGUAUGUCUCUGACAUCUGUCAUCUACUGCAAUGCCCGUACGACCAUCAGCGAAAUCGAAAUACGGUGUAAAGUCCUCGUAAUUAAAUGUGUUGUCAUGUAUUGUUUUUGCCUCACUGUUUGGGCAUGUAAGCAGGCAGCUGAGUCUUGCUGUGUGGUAUUGAAGCAGACUAGCAAGGCUUACUCAUGCGGAUUGUUGUUUAUCAGUUUCGCAGCAACAAAAUCUGGUUUGUCGCCCUGAACCGUGCAAAAGUAUAGAAAAAGGCGUGUUACCUUCCAAGCAUAAUAUUUCCCGCUGUUAACUAGUUCGGCAUCUUUUGAUGCCGGCGUUUAGCGUGACGUUGGCUGCACGAAACGGUGAUCAAAUGCCGCACGCAAGUUGGUUGGACAAUGAUUAGGUGUGUCUGGGGAGCGGCUGUACUAUGCCCUAGCAAGAGCACGCUUAAUGAUAAACAGUUAUCAAGCCAAAAUGUUUGGGUGACGAUAAUUAUGGUACAGUUGGUACCGCCGUGAUUUCCUGCGUAGGUGAUGCAUUGUGAGAUCCAGGCUGCGCGGUCAUUCCAAGCAUAAUCACGCAUCCUAGUGAUUAUUUAGUUAGCAUGCGAGUUGUCUCGUUCAAAUCGCUCAGCGCUCUUCUCGUUUUACAUCAGAUGUGUUUGACUUGGGAUGAACAUCCAUACGUUGGUCAACAACACGACUGCGGUCGAUCUAGUAGCCAGCCAUGAUAAUCAUGCCUCCGCCGACCUGCCGAACCCGUCCCUGCUCUUGGAGGAGGUUUGGAUGGUGGACAUUUAGUACCGUGUGUCCUCACCAUCGAGUAGCAAUGACCUGACUACUCGGCCAUUGCUGUCCCGCUGACCUGGUGUGUCAUGUGGAGGACUUGGUGAGACGGCUCUGGACCGUCCAUGAAAUCCGCGGAGGGGGUCGCGACACUGCGAAAUCUCUUGAAAGAGUAGAUGAUUUGGUUGAAUCAGAUAUAUCAUGGGUAAUCCUUGACAUGUGAUAUAGAAAUUGCGGACCCAUGCCGUUUGGGUAUUGUCUUUGGCUAGGCUUUUCUCAAAUUGCAUCGUUCUUUUGAAACCCGUCAUGUUAGACUACAAAGUGCAGUGUGUCUCGUUUUUCCUGUUUGUGCGUCGCUGUGCAAGCUGUUACAAUGUGCGCCACGUCCACCCCAGAUCCAUGUUUCGUUGCGUGCGUUCUGUGAAGCCCAUUCGAAGUGCUUUUAUACGUUGGGGUCCUGUUGUAUUCCCUGGUAUUCCGCAUGCCUUUUGUAUCGCAUAGACAAAUCACAGAACCUUGUAUUCAACAGGAGUUGCGACGGAUCAGUGAUAUGAUACUGUGACCUAACCAUGAAUAUAUUUUAGUAUGUCAA